UAUCGUCAGAGAGCGCAUCGCUGUAUGGUGCUGGUCAGUGCCAGACCAUUUACGGACCUCGGUUAGAGUCGACCACAAACACAUCCCCUCUGGAUUGUCCCAGUGUCUAUAGCUCAUUAAACUGACGGAUUAAAAGGAUAUUCGCUUUAUUGAAGAGUCUUUCCGGCUUUUGUGGUACUAUGCAAGAACCCAAAUGCAAUUUGGACGUUCAACCACCUGGAUCCGAAUGACACCUGCAACCAGCCUCCAUGCUUGCAAAACACUAUGCCAACAUGCUUCACAGAAAUGGAUCUUUUUGUAUGUGCCGUGGACCCCGUGAAAAGGCAUCUCUGAGUUUGUAGUACCAUCAUCCUUCUACCUCACCCUCUCCAUUCCCCUAAUUCUGGUCAUCUCUGCAGCCCCUUGAGCCAUAAUUUUGAUUGCUCCACCUGUGCGUUAGUGGUCACUGGAAUUUUAGGAGCAGAAACAGCCUGAUCUCAUCUUCACCCCCAAAGAUUGACUGAAGAUGGCAAGGCUUUUGUCUUUCCCUGCGGUUUUGGCUGGAGUCUACAUUCUUCUAAGGCUGUGUGUUGGAGCAGGUCAGAAUCCUGAUCACGUGCUGCAGGGCACUGGAGUGAGGCCUGGCUCAGACUCCAGAAGGCCUGGGGAUGACUCUACUGUGGCACCAGAAGAUGCUGCCCGCUUCCUCAGCUGCCACUGUUCAGGACACUGCCCUGACGAUGCCAAGAAUAACACCUGUGUGACAAAUGGGCAGUGCUUUGCUAUCAUUGAAGAAGAUGAAAAUGGAGAUGUGAUCCUAAGUUCUGGCUGUAUGAAAUAUGAGGGCUCUCACUUUCAGUGCAAGGAUUCGCAGUUUGCACAGACACGUCGAACCAUCGAAUGCUGCCAGUUUGACUUUUGUAAUCGAGACCUAAAGCCAGAGUUACCACCUCGAGACUUGGAACCACCAGACUCUCACUGGUUGGCCUUCCUCAUUUCAGUAACUGUGUGCUGCUGCACUCUCAUCUGUGUCACUGUUAUCUGUUAUUACAGGUAUAAGUGGCAGACAGAGAGGCAGCGCUACCACAGAGACCUGAAGCAGGACAAGGCCUUUAUCCCAGCAGGAGAAUCUCUAAAAGAGCUCAUCAACCAGUCUCAAACAUCAGGCAGUGGCUCUGGGCUCCCUCUGCUGGUCCAGCGCACCAUUGCAAAGCAGAUCCAGACAGUGCGUCUUAUUGGUAAAGGGCGAUAUGGAGAGGUGUGGUUGGGUCGGUGGAGGGGGGAGAAGGUAGCAGUGAAAGUGUUCUUUACUCGAGAGGAGGCCAGCUGGUUUCGAGAGACAGAGAUCUACCAAACCGUGCUCAUGAGACAUGAGAAUAUACUAGGCUUCAUUGCUGCUGACAUAAAUGGCACUGGAGCCUCUACGCAGCUCUACCUGAUCACUGACUACCAUGAGAAUGGCUCUCUUUAUGACUAUUUGAAGUUCACCAUUCUGGAUACACAGGCCCUUCUUAGACUGGCCUACUCUGCUGCCUGUGGCCUGUGUCACCUGCACACAGAGAUCUACGGCACUCAAGGAAAACCUGCCAUAGCUCACAGAGACCUGAAGAGCAAGAACAUCCUCGUUAAGAAAAAUGCCACCUGUUGUAUCGCUGACCUGGGCUUUGCUGUCAAAUUUAAUAGUGACACAAAUGAAGUGGACAUCCCACUGAGUACACGUAUGGGGACCAGACGCUAUAUGGCUCCAGAAGUCCUUGACGAGUCUCUGAAUAAGAACCACUUCCAGGCUUACAUCAUGGCCGACAUCUACAGCUAUGGGCUGGUUAUUUGGGAAAUGGCCAGACGCUGUGUUACUGGAGGUAUCGUUGAGGAGUAUCAGCUACCAUAUUAUGAGAUGGUUCCAUCAGACCCAUCCUACGAGGAUAUGCUAGAGGUUGUGUGUGUCAAAGGACUGCGGCCAACUGUAUCUAACAGAUGGAACAGUGAUGAGUGCCUGAGGGCCAUGUUGAAGCUGAUGUCAGAAUGCUGGGCCCACAAUCCAGCAUCACGCCUGACCAGCCUACGAGUCAAGAAAACUUUAGCGAAAAUGGUGGAAUCUCAAGACAUUAAAAUCUGAUUCAUCUUUUACCUCAGC